UGCUGCUUGUUUCCCCUCAGCCCACAUGCCAAUUAAAGCUGGGCUAAUGAGCUGUAGGAGUGGAGUCCUGGUGUGAGGGAGUUAGUAUCUUCCACCAGUGUGCUUUGCAGGAGCACAGCAGCUUGGAGAAGACCUCUCCUUUCACAUGAGCAGCAGCUACUGGAAGCUGGGGGUCACAUCACUUCUGUUGUUUAUUUUUUAUUCAGUCUUUCUUUUGAACAAGGUCAAAGUUGGAACUUUGCUUUUGGAUGUGGAUCAGUUUUAAAGUGGAGCGGGUUCUGGUGAUUUGUCAAGACCUUCAAGAGCCUAUGGGAAGAAGGAGCUCAAAGGAAGGAAAAUUAAGCAUGGGGCCAUCUUUCAGAGGGGAGUGGCCGAAGGACGUCCCUGCCUGUAUUCAGUCAUUUCAGCGCAUUGGUGCUGGGGAGGCACCCCGCAGCUGCUGCCUGAAGUGCUGAGUCUUGCAGAAGCGGCAGCUAAAGAGCAGAUGUGGUGCUCAGAGAUUAUGCUGUAGAUUAAGGUUUUACUGAAUCCUGAGAUGAGUGCAAAUUCCCAGAAGCUCUAAUGUGUGGCCAAAUCUGCGGCCGCUCAGCUGGAUGGGGGAAGAGACAUUUCCCAUCCCGUCCUUCCCAUGUGCAGGAAAGACGGAACCCAAAUAUUCAGCCCAGCUUGUCUGCUAAGAGCUUUCAGCUCAGCCUGCUCAGCCAUGAACACCUCCGUGCCCGGCAGCCAGCUGAGACAGCCCGAGCCCCAGGACGCAGCUGCCUUCACUCCUAUCUCCGUUGUCAGGAGUGUGACAAAGAAAUCCGAUGCCCUGCCCAUGAUCUCCGUGAUCGUCGUCAUCUUCGUCCUCUUGGCCGUCUUCAUCAUCAUUGUGGUGCACUACGGCCCUCACCUCCGCACCGUCCAGAUCACCCUUUACCAUGAGCCCAUGCCGCAGGACCUGGACGAUGGAGUGUACCUCACGGACUGGAAGAAGCUGGGCUCCCAGAAGAAGCUGCCUGCCCAGCCCUGCCAGCAGGAGCCGGGUGGCACGGACGCAGCCGGCGUGAGCUGCCAGUGCUCCUGCAAACAUCACCUUCCCUGCGGGAGCGCCGAGCCCAACGUCAUCGAGAUCACGUACCUGUGACAAGGCUGUGGGCCACCUGGGCAGGACUCAAGGGACCAUGUCCCGCUGGAAAAAUAGCGACUGGGAUGUUAGCUUAGCCCAAGACUCACCGGUUCCAGCAUGUGGAGGUUUUAGCUCCCUGGGAUUGUGUCUCUCCCCAGGUAGGCUCAGACAGAAGGUUGGGUCACUGCAGUGACCCAUCAUCAGGCCCCAAAAGUCCAGCCCAGGGACACCACUGCCCCAGGCAAGAGCUGGGUCCCCAGCCCAGACUCUGGGGCUGGGUAAGCCUAUGUGGGACAGCGUUAGCAUCUCUUCUGUUUUUUUCUGUCCCACACUGUCUGGGAGUGCCCAGGAGAGCCGUCUUGGUCCUUGCCCCAGCUGAGGAGCUCUGGGCGUAUGCUCAGCCCCUUGGCAGGAGCUGGAAUUUACAUCAAGUGGGAUCGCUUUCCAGAUUAAAGGUGUUUCCACAUGCACAGUGUCCUCACUAUGCCAUUUAUAUGGCACAGGAAAGCCUCCAGCCCCUCUUUUCCUCCAUGCCACAGCCCCUUUCCCUCCAUCGGAGGGCUGAAACACCGUCCUCCCUCUGCCAGCCCCGGCAGUGGGCUCAGCCCGUUGUGGCAAACAGCCAGAGGAAAGGAGGCAGCACCCGAACCUGUGUUGGUGCUUGAGUGGUGGAGCCAGCGGCAGAGGACAACGUGUCUGGUCACCCAGUGGAGGUGGGUGGGAGAAGAGAGGUGACACGGCGGAGGCAGGAGAGGUGACAACGGAUAAUGGCACAUCAGCCACCCAUUGCAGUUGGCUGAACAUCUCCAAGUGUUGGCACUGGUGGAGAAACGCAUGCAUCUCUGGGCAGAGCCUGCAGCAUCUCCAUGCACAAUGGCAGGGAUGGGGAGACCUGAGGUCAUCUCCAUUGUGGUCAUCUUCAUUGUCCCCAUCGCUGUCUGCUGUCCCUGUGCCAAGGGAAGCUCUACCUGGGGACCUGGAGACUUGGGUGAUUUCAGCAUUGGAAGCAGCAGGGCACGUCCCAGCUGAGGAGGGAGUGGUGGUGGUGUCAGCAUAGUCAACCCUGUUGGGAUGGAUGUUGAUGUGGCUCGGUCACCCUGGGCAGAAGCUCAUUGGGGUGGCACAGAGGGAGCAGACAGAGGGGUGAAACAUCAUCCUGAGCCCUGUAAGGGUCCUGGUAAUAGCAGACCAUGGUGACCUCCACGCUGGGAGGCCUGCUGCUGCUGGAGUGCUGGGCAUCUCUUUGGAGAAGAAAUUGGUGGCAAGUGCUUCUCCUCAAUCAGUGGAAGCGGGACAUCAAAGCCUGUCUUAAGUGCAUGGGCUCAGAGGACAAUCCCGGGGGGAGGAGCGCAGCCUCUGGGAUCACCCUCAGGGAUUUAUUCUGCUGAAUAGUCUUCGGAUUCAAAAUAUGGUUCCUGCCUCUCCUCUCCCCAUCCCAGAACAGAAAAGCCAGAUCCGUGUCCAUCCUAAGCUGCAUCCCCAGCACAGAUCCCUCUGUGCACUGUUGGACAAGAAAUGGGGUCUUUUACCUGUUCCUCUGGGUGCUGGAGUUACUUCUGGCAUGGCAGAUGCUCCAGCAUCCUUCCUCUCACUUAUUUCCAGCUGCUUUUCUCACUUACUUUAAAGCUAAGUAGUGGUUGGACAUGCUGGAAAAUUUUUGUCUUUACAAUAAACAUAAUUUAUAUUA